AUGUCUUUCCAACCCACUCAGAUUUUUGAGGAGGGGACGACGGAAGAAAAGGGUGAGAAUGCUCGUCUCGCGGCCUUUGUCGGUGCCAUAGCCGUGGGCGACCUUGUGAAGAGCACGCUGGGCCCCAAGGGCAUGGAUAAGAUUCUUCAGUCGGCCUCCACCGGCGAGAUCAUGGUUACAAACGACGGCGCCACGAUCCUCAAAUCCAUCGCGCUCGACAAUGCAGCCGCCAAGGUCCUCGUCAACAUAUCGAAGGUGCAGGACGACGAGGUCGGGGACGGCACGACUUCGGUGGCGGUGCUGGCCGCCGAGCUGUUGAGGGAGGCAGAGAAGCUGGUGGACAAGAAGAUUCACCCACAGACCAUCAUCGAGGGCUACAGGAUAGCCAGCCAAGCCGCGCUCAAGGCCCUCGAGGAGUCUGCGGUGGACCACAGCAUGAGCCCUGAGGCCUUCCGCAAUGACCUGCUGGCCAUUGCCCGCACCACCCUCAGCUCCAAAGUCCUGGCUCAGGACCGGGACCACUUUGCACAGCUCGCGUGCGACGCCGUGCUCCGGCUCAAGAAGUCAUCGGACCUCAGCCACAUUCAGAUCAUCAAAAAGGCUGGAGGAAAGCUCAGCGAGUCGUAUCUUGACGAGGGAUUUAUCCUGGACAAAAAGAUUGGCGUGAACCAGCCCAAGCGACUGGAAAAGGCCAAGAUCCUGGUGGCCAACACAUCAAUGGACACGGACAAGGUCAAGAUUUUCGGAGCACGAGUCAAAGUGGGCUCGACGAGCAAGCUGGCUGAGCUGGAGAAGGCGGAGAAGGACAAGAUGAAGGCCAAGGUGGACAAGAUCAAGGCGCACGGCAUCAACUGCUUCAUCAACCGGCAGCUCAUCUACAACUGGCCGGAGCAGCUCUUUACCGACGCUGGCAUCAUGUCCAUUGAGCAUGCCGACUUUGACGGCAUCGAGCGGCUGGCGCUGGUGACCGGGGGAGAAAUCGCGUCGACCUUUGACCACCCAGAGCAGGUCAAGCUGGGCCAGUGCGAUACGAUUGAGGAGGUGAUUAUCGGCGAAGACACGUUGAUCAAGUUUUCGGGCGUUUCCGCUGGGGAGGCAUGCACAAUCGUGCUCCGGGGCGCGACGGAGCAGCUGCUGGACGAGGCGGAGCGGAGCCUGCACGACGCUCUGGCGGUUCUGUCGCAGACUGUGCGGGAGCCCAGAACAACGCUGGGCGGCGGAUGCGCCGAGAUGUUGAUGGCCAAGGCCGUCGAGGCCGCGGCAACACGGAUCGAAGGCAAGAAGCAAAUAGCGGUCUCAAGCUUCGCGGUAGCCCUGCGUCAACUGCCGACCAUCCUGGCCGACAACGCCGGGCUGGACUCGGGCGACCUGGUGACACGGCUUAGAAAGGCCCUGUACGAUGGUCUGGCGACGUACGGACUGGACCUCUCGACGCCUGGAGGGGGCAUCAAAGAUAUGCGAGACCUUGGCGUCAUUGAGAGCUACAAGCUAAAGAGGGCGGUGGUGUCAUCUGCUAGCGAGGCGGCCGAGCUUCUCCUGAGGGUCGACGACAUCAUCCGAGCUGCUCCGCGGAGGCGCGAGCGGAUGUAA